CCCUGAUCUGCCGUGUUUCCCCAAUGGUCUCGUCGCUCCUCGUCGAAGCUCUUAGCUCGCCUACAGAGGCUCUACUUGAGCUUUAUAAUGCCCAAUCAGCAGAAACCCACAAUGAGUUCCCCGCAGUCGUAACAAAACAUUUCUCAGACGUCUUCAAGGCUGAAGACGCGUUUCGUGAGAUACGACCGCUUGAUGUCGACCAUCCACCUGAAAGCUUCCCCGAUCGCUCUCUGGUUCGCUUCCGCUGCAUGGUACAGGACACGUCCCCAUCGCCAGAGAUGUAUCUUUCCAAGACUAAGUCUGGAACUUGUGCCGGUUGGGGCUUAGCCGCAAUCGCCUCGCCGAAUGCAGAGGAUGAUGGAGACGAUAUCAACUAUGCCGAUCUGAGAGAUUGCUCGGUUGUGUGGGCGGUCAGUGUCCCGGGUGAAAGUGAUUGGUGGAAGGAGGUUUUGGACAAGCAUGAGCGCGUUACAGCUACGGAAUCGACCCAUGUGCAUAAGCCAACAAGACCUCACAAAAAUCCACUUACGAAGGACCCCCAUGUCGGCGUUCAAGUCAAGAUGUAUGAUCUUCCGGGUAACGAUGCACCAAAAACAUGUGAUAUCCUGAACUUUGUUGGAAUCCUCACUUCUGAGCCAUUACACUCCGAAAUUGAAGAUGAUAAUGCCAUCGAUGUUCCCACUUUACACGUCCUAUUCACGCGUCCACACGAAAUGGGUGCACUUCCCCCAACACUAUCCUCCGAAUCCGACGAUACAAUCUCGUCAGAGGAAGCCGUGUUAGAUGAAUUGGUAUCGUGGGUGGCAGAUGAAAGUCUGGGCGGGGAUAAGGAUGCUGCCGAAUGGAUUCUGCUAGCUUCAACAGCCCGGGUGCAAUCUCGCACGCGCUCGCUGCUCCCUCCCUCUCUCACCCUUGCACAAUUCCCCUCCCCAUCUUCUCCAGACGCAUUGACUCCUGCAUUAUCGCACAUUCUUUCUCUCUUGCUUCCAACAUCCGUUACUGUUCCACUUUCACUAGAAUUGCUCAACGAAAGUGCAUUUGUUCCGGAGAGCAAGAACGAGGACCUUCAUUCGGGAGUUCUUCAAGUAUCGGAUGGCACAACUCUGCUCAUCACAGAGAGCGGUGUACGGGAAGGAAAACUUGUUGAAAGAGGGGUGUUGAACGUGAUGGCAGUACAGAACGUCAUGCUUUCGCAGUCAUUGCCCUACAAAUUCCCCUUCAGCGAGUUCUCCUUUCCCACCGAUCUAUCGUUCAUAGUCCUCGCGGAAGGGAAGAAGAGUGCAUUCCUGAAGACCGACAUCAACGUCCCUCUACAGCCCAGUGCACCCGACGUAGAUCUGUACAAGCACGCAAGCCAGAUCUCUCUGCCAACGCCCGCCAAGAUGCGCGCAUUCCGAAGUCUUCUUUUUGGCGCAAAGAACGGCAAAAUUGAGGUCGCCGGGUCCACUUCAGAGCGUAUUCAAGACGACUUUGUCGAAGGCCGCAAGACGAACAAGAAACUCUCAUCUGAUGAUCUCAAGCUCAGCAUUACCACAGCACGGUUGCUAGGGCUUCUGCGCGGAGAAAAGGAACUCAGUAUAGAUACGUGGACUCGUGCGAAGGCGUUGGAGGAACGUAGGAAGGCUCGGCUUGAGAACAGCGCGUAGUCAUUGUCGAC